UGUUCUCUCUUUGUGUUGAGAAAAACAAUUUUGACACAUGUUUAUGAGCAAGUCUGUGAAUAAAGGUCUAUAUCACAAUGAAGGCAACUGAUUGUACUUACAGAUUUGUACUACUAUUUUUUGCAUGUCUUCUUACUUUUGGAAUGUACUUUAGUUUUGAUCUACCAGGAGUGUUGCAGCAUAGACUAGAAGGAAUAACAAACUGUACAGAUAAUAGCACAAGAUACAAUGAAACCUGUGUACAGUGUGAGGGAUGUCUUGGAAUGUCAUCCCGACAGUUCAACAUACUCUAUGCUAUAUAUGCAUGGACAAAUGCUGUGGUUGUGAUUGGUGCUGGUGUUUUAGUUGAUCGCCUUGGCAACAGAGUUGGAUUGUUGCUGUUUUCUUUUUUGUGUUUACUUGGGACAUCUUUAUUUGCUGUUGGUACCAUGCUGAAGGACACAUCUGCAAUGUUUCCUCUCAUGCUGACUGGAAGACUUAUCUUUGGAUCUGGCGGAGGUGCUUUAACAGUUGUUCAGAGUACAGUGACAGCUUACUGGUUCAAGAACAAAGAACUGGCUUUCUCAUUUGCCUGUAAAACUGCCAUGUCAAGGGUGGCUAGUGUACUCAACUUCUUCUUUACUGAGAGUUUUGCCAGUCACUUUGGUUUGAUAUUAGCUGUUUGGAAUGGUGCUAUUUUAUGUGGAGUUGCAUUUAUAUCAGCUAUCAUUGUCAGUAUAAUGGAUGUACAUGGUGUUAAACAGUUAGGGGAUCAUCAAGCAUUACAAACGGAAUCCAAAAAAUUUAAACUGUCUGACAUUAAACAAUUUACGUUGACUUAUUGGUUAUUGGUUAUGGCAGUCAUGUUCUACUAUGUCUCACUUCUACCAUUCAUGGCAGAUGCCAGCUUGUUUGUACACCAGAAAUAUGGUUACAGUCCAAGAAUGUCCUCAAUAAUAGUAGGAGUUGUAUAUGACUUGUCUAUUGUGUUGGUGCCUAUCAUUGGUAUGAUUAUAGAUCGAAUAGGAAAGAGAGGGAUUAUGAUGUUGAUCUGUUCCUUUAUGAUGAUACCAGUUUACACUGUGUUAGCCUUUACCCAUAUUCAUCCUGUGAUAGUGACUGCAUGGUUAGGAAUUACAUAUGCUGUUGCUAGUGCAGUUAUAUGGCCAUCCAUACCAAUAGUUGUAAAACAGUCUAUGUUAGGAACUGCUAUGGGUGUUAAUAACUCCAUACAAAUGCUUGGUGUGGGAGGAGCUAAUCUGGUUGUAGGAGAAAUUCUGGGCAAAAAUAACAGCCUAACAGAAGAAGAGAGACUAGUGAGGUGGAAGUAUAUGAUGAUUUUCUUAAUGUGUACAGCUAUAGCCUGUUUCACAGCUGCAGUAUUUGUCAAUAUUAGUGAUGCAAAUAGGGGGGGUAUUUUGAAUCAGAGCAGAAAACAAAUGAUGCAAAGUAAACAUUUGGAAACUGAGAAGACUAUAUCAGUGGAACAUUCAACUGAAAAGGAUUACAAUGUAUCUGAUGAGAAUCAGCCGUUAUUAGGAACCAUGCAAAAAAUAAAUUGAUCA